GGAUCCAAACUUCUGUGAGGCUCCAGGCCCCGUUUUCCGGGGAGCCACAGGAGAUCCAGCCCUCCUCUGCUCCUUCGCCACCACGCUGCUCGCUCACGUCCCAACCGUGAGCGGCGAGCUGGCUCCGGCCGAGAUUUCUCUUUCUGCCUGGAUCCCGUUUUCCCUUCAUCGAGCAGCUCCUUCUCGUUUUGUGCUUCCGGCCGACAUUGGAGUGGAGCGGUCGGCGUGUUGGACCUCGCUCGCCUGGUCAGCUCGUCUUUGCGCUGCGCCUCCGUAGUCAUGGAUUGAUUAGUGGUUUUUCCCCCUUCCGACCUCUGCCUGGUCCAAGUUGCGAAAAGAGUGUGCCUUAACCUGCGGCUCUCCUUCCCAGCUCCAUGUUUCACCCGGACUCUUUUCCAAGUACCUGGCUCCGGAUGCGUCUUGGCGGUGUACCGCUUUGAACUUUUUUUUUUUUUUUUUUUUUUUCUUGGUGCAUAUUCCGGAUUUUUAAUUUCUUUCUUUCUUCAAGGAUUCCGUUUAAAAGUCGGGAUUCCCGAAGCCUGCCGAGAUUUAUUUGUGAAAAGUGAUGGCCGAGCGGGGAGCUGUGUGGCUCCUCUCUCUCCUCUCCUGUCUCACCUUUCUGUGCACGGAGAGCACGGCGGCCAAGCAUGUCGACAAAGCAUCAGCAGCACAGCCUUUCAGCCCAUUCUGGUUCACGGUGGAGCCUCAGGACACAGUGGCCAUUCGGGGGAACUCUGCGCUACUCAACUGUUCGGUGCACACCGAUGCAGCCGCACCAACACGCAUAGAGUGGAAGAAAGAUGGCACCUUCAUGAGCCUGGUUUCGGAUGAGAGACGGCGCAUACUUCCUGACGGCUCCCUACUCUUCACCCAUGUGGUUCACUCGAAGCACAACAAACCUGAUGAGGGUACUUACCAGUGUGUGGCUACCAUUGAAAACCUAGGAUCCAUUUCUAGUCGGACAGCGCACCUCUUUGUUGCAGGAAUGCCGAGGUUCGCCAGCCAACCAGCACCUACCACUGUGCGUCAAGGUGACAGCCAAGUAAUGGCCUGUGAGGUCAACUCAGACCUGGUGCCCUUCACUCGCUGGGAAAAAGACCGUCAACCCCUGGAGCUCAACUUGAGGCUGGUCCAGCUACCCAGUGGUGCCUUGGUGAUCAGCAACGCCACAGAAAACGAUUCUGGUCUCUACCGCUGCAUGGUGGAAAAUGUGGGAUCAUCAAAGUCCAGCGAAGAGGCACAGCUCCAAAUCCUGCCAGAAACCAGAGAAGAGAGGAAACCGGAAUUCCUUGUGCAGUCUGUGCCUGUGACCAAGGUGCUAGGUGCCAGUGUCCUGCUGCCUUGCGUGGCCACAGGUUUUCCAACACCACAUGUGCGAUGGAUGUUUAAAGAUAAACUACUAGAAGAAAGUGAAGGCCAAAGGGAAUUGCUCGGAGGUGGCAGUCUUCACAUUUCAAAUCUCAUGGAGGACGACGCUGGCAUCUACACCUGUGUGGCUGACAACACCAAUGCAACAAUCGAAGCACAGGCUCAACUCACUGUGCAAGUUCCUCCCCAGUAUGUGAAGAGGCCGGCCAACAUUUAUGCCCAUGAGUCCAUGGACAUCGUGUUUGAGUGUGAAGUCACAGGUUCACCAGCCCCCACUGUGAAAUGGGUGAAGAAUGGUGAUGCUGUUAUUCCAAGCGAUUACUUCAAAAUUAUUAAAGAACAUGACCUACAGGUUCUGGGCCUGGUCAAAUCUGAUGAGGGUUUCUACCAGUGUCUCGCAGAAAAUGAUGCAGGAAACAUUCAAUCCAGUGCUCAACUCAUCAUCUUGGAUCACGACGUAGCCCUCCCCCCUCUCCUACCCCCCUCACUGACUCCUAACACUACUGACCAUGUAACGCCAGGCUUUGGGGGUGUAGCUGGUCCAGCAGGACCCACUCCCUCCGCCCCCCGCGACGUCGUGGCUUCGCUGGUUUCCACCCGCUUCAUCAAGCUUACCUGGCGCCCGCCGGCUGAACCACACGGAGACGAGCUAACCUACUCUGUUUUCUACAGCCAGGAAGGCACAAGCAGGGAGCGAGUCGUAAAUACAAGCCGACCAGGGGAGUUGCAGGUCACAAUCCAGAACCUGAUGCCAGACACCAAAUAUCGCUUUCGCGUUGUGGCCCACAACGUCAACGGCCAAGGAGAAAGCUCUGCCGGAGUAAAGGUGGCCACCCAGGCUGAAGUUCAAGUGCCCGGCCCGGCCCCGAAUCUGCAGGCGACAUCGAAUACACCGACCUCUGUCACUCUGAGUUGGGACAAGCCCCUCACGGGCAAUGGAGAGGUCCUCAGCUACAAGUUGUACUACACUGAUAAAAGCUUUGGCAAUGAACAGGACGUUGACGUAGAUGGUCUGUCAUACACCAUGACAGGGCUGAAGAAGAACACGCAGUACAGUUUCCGUGUGGUGGCCAACAAUAAGCACGGUCCAGGUGUCUCCACUGAUGACAUUAUGGUCCGCACGCUGUCUGACGUGCCAAGUGCUCCUCCUCAAAAUUUCACUCUGGAGGUCCAGAACUCAAAGAGCAUCAUGCUUCGGUGGCAGCCCCCACCCUCAAAUUCCCAGAAUGGAGAAAUCACAGGAUACAAGAUACGAUACCGUAAAGGAUCUCGGAGAAGUGAGACAGCGGAGACCACCGGGGGGACCCAGCUAUCAAAGCUCAUUGAUGGUCUGGAGCGUGGGACAGAGUAUUCCUUCCGGGUGUCUGCCACAACAGUGAACGGCACGGGCCCAGCCACGGACUGGACUACAGCAGAGACAUUUGAGAGUGACCUAGAUGAAUCACGUGUCCCAGACCAGCCCAGCUCGCUACACGUCCGCCCACUGGUCAACAGCAUCGUGGUGAGCUGGACGCCACCAGAGAACCAGGACAUUGUUGUACGUGGCUACAGCAUUGGCUACGGCAUUGGCAGCCCUCACGCUCAGACCAUUAAAGUAGAUUACAAGCAGCGCUACUACACUAUUGAAAACCUUGACCCCAGCUCCCACUAUGUGAUCACACUCAAGGCCUUCAACAAUGUGGGUGAGGGGAUUCCUGUAUAUGAGAGUGCCAUCACAAGGCCACAGUCAGACCCCAUAGACCCUGAUGUUGACCUAUACGAACUCUUCCAUGCUCCAUACACCCCAGUACCAGAUCCCAGCCCUAUGAUGCCACCUGUGGGUGUUCAGGCCUCCGUGUUGAGCCACGACACCAUCAAGGUGACCUGGGCAGACAACUCGCUACCCAAGAACCAAAAAAUCACAGAUAACCGCUACUACACAGUGCGCUGGAAGACCAACAUCCCUGCCAACACUAAAAUGAAGAUUGCCAACACCACCAGCCUGAACCACAUGGUGACAGGGUUGAAGCCCAACACGUUGUAUGAAUUUUCCGUCAUGGUGACCAAAGGCCGACGCAGCAGCACAUGGAGCAUGACAGCCCAGGGCACCACGUUUGAGACCAUUCCUAGUUCUUCCCCCAAAGAUGUGACAGUAGUCAGCAAAGAGAACAAGCCUCGGACCAUCAUCAUCAACUGGCAGCCUCCCUCUGAGGCCAAUGGAAAGAUCACCGGUUACAUCAUCUACUACAGCACAGAUGUCAAUGCUGAGGACCACGACUGGGUUGUUGAACCUGUGGUGGGCAACCGCCUGACCCACCAGAUCCAAGACCUGACUCUAGACACAACAUACUACUUCAAGAUUGAGGCUCGAAACUCAAAGGGCAUGGGACCAACAUCUGAGGCUGUGCAGUUUAGAACCCCAAAGACUGAGUCCUCUGACAAAAUGGCGAAUGACCAAGCCUCAAAUCUUCCAUCAAAGCCUGGACCUCCAGGGAACCAACUUCCCCUUGAUCCUGGAUCAGCAGUUGGCAAAUCAGGGAUGGGAAACAGUGAAAAUCACAUCCUGGUCAUCGUCAUCAUCAUCUCAGUGGGAGCAUUCACCAUCAUCGUGGUGGUUGUGGGGGCAUUCCUGUGCACACGUCGCACCACGUCACACCAGAAAAAGAAGCGGGCGGCCUCCAAGUCCUCCAACGGCUCGCACAAAUACAAGGGCAACUCCAAGGACCUCAAACCACCUGAUCUUUGGAUCCACCAUGAGCGGCUGGAGCUCAAACCAAUGGACAAGUCACCAGAGCCAAACCCAGUCAUGACCGAAACACCCAUCCCCCGCACUUCCCAAGACAUAACUCCAGCUGACAGCGCCAUGGACAGCAACCCUCACCUGCAGCAGAGGCGCAACUCUUAUCGUGGCCAUGAAUCAGAGGACAGCAUGUCGACCCUUGCAGGCCGGCGGGGGAUGAGGCCUAAAAUGAUGAUGCCUUUUGACGCACAGCCGCCACAGCCUGUAAUUAGUGCUCAUCCCAUCCAUUCCCUCGAUAACCAUCAGCACCAUUAUCACAUGGGCAGCCUGGCGUCACCCACACGCGGCUACCUCUACCACCAAGGCAGCGGGCACCCCCGCCCGCACGCCUGCGGCCCCAUCUCGCAUCUAGACAGGGUGGACUCCACAGAGUCGGUGAGGAAUACACCUUGUUCAGAGUCUCUUCCUCCAGCCGCCUCGUCCUCGCAGGCCUCCUGCCCCUCAGAGAUCCUGGCGGACCCUGAAGGCAGCUACCACGGCUCCACCACCACAGAGGAGGAGUCCUGCUACACCAGCAACCUGCCGCCCCUCCGCUCGGCCCACCCGCACGCCCACGCGCACCCGCUGAAGAGUUUCGCCGUGGCUGCCAUCCCAGCUACGAGCCACCCUUGCUUUGAGUCUCCUGCCCUGCCCAGCACUCCCCUGCUAGCUCAGACUGGGCCUCCAACACACCCCCACGUUGUUAAAACCGCCUCCAUUGGGACUCUAGGAAGGACUCGAACGCCAAUGAUCGUCAAUGUGCCCAACGCCCCUGACGUCCCAGAGACGAGCAAGAUGCUGGAGGAUGUAGAUACUGUGCUUGCCUCCCUGCCCCCCUGCCCCUCCCCCGCCCCUCGCAGUAACCCUGUUCCUCUCCCUCAGAGCUAUGAGCCCGACGAGCUGACCGAGGAGAUGGCCCACUUGGAGGGCCUCAUGAAGGACCUCAACGCCAUCACCACAGCACCAUGAACAUCCACUCACACACAUUACACACACAUGACACACGCACAUAUUCUACAGCGUACAGAUAAACCAUUGGUACAGGAAAGCAAAUAAAAAAACAUACACUUUGGGAGCGAGUGGCCCGUGGACACAAAAUGACUUCCCUCCCACCCCCCCACCCCCAGAAAAAAAAAAAAAAAAUCAUCCAGCAAAGAAAAAAAAAAAACUCCUAGGAACUUGUUGCGGCUCACCUUUCUUCGUCUCAGGAAGGAGAUGGCCAUUGGAGGGAAGCAAAGUGUGAGACGCUUCAUCUUUUUACGAAGAACCAUUCUAGGAGACAAUGAACUCGGUCAAAAGAUUGUGAUCUUACAUCCUUCGCAAAAAUACAAACACCUUUUGUAUGUUUGUUCGGUGCCACAUGAAGAUGCGCGUCUGUCAAAAGUCCAACAACAUGCUGGUAUUGAUGUUGGCCCACACAGUCUCUUUGUGUUUCUUUUGUGCAGUUUGUAUAUCUAUUGGGCUGUUUCAGUGAACAUUGGACACCCGCCUUCUUUACAAGCCAACAUUAUUCCAACAUAUAGUCAUGUAUGUUCGUAUCCCCUUGUACCAUGAUUUUGUAUUGUUUUCUACGUUAUUGUAUUCUUUAUUUUUUCCACACAUAUCCUUAUAAACAUGUACAUAUGCUGUUUUUAUUUUUAAACUGCCUUCCUUUUAUUUGGGAUGCAAAGUGUCAAAAAGGAGUUCCGACAAGAUUUCUUUUGAGCGGGGUCUCCCUUUUAAAAGCCUUACCACCAUGUUUGCAGGUUGGAAGGUCAAGGUGACUCGGACUCAGGCUGCUGCCCAUCCCCCCCCCCAAGCCCCUUCCCUCCCUGCCACACACCCUUACAUUGCAGUUAAACAAUCACCUACAAUACACCAGUGUUUUAUACAAAAACAUAUGUGAGUGUGUAUGUUGUGGAAUUUACACUACUUCCUGGUGCCCCUUAAAUGCAACAUUCUGGUUCUAUUACACAUCAUAGCCAUGUUGGCCUUUAGAAUGGGAUUUCCACCGACUUUAUGUGCAUCAUAAUUUUGGUAUGAAGAAAAAAAAUCUAUUCACAAGCCUGAUGUCAAGUCUACUUUCCCAACAUCCUGUUACCCAAAGAAAUGUAGUCAAUUGUAAUCUUUUCUUUUGUGAUGUUUCACAAAUGCCAUUGUCACGAAUGUCAAUAAUAAUGUAAGAGAUUCUAACAAGAGAUACAAACUUUUUGUUUUUGUUUUGGGAGGGGGCGUAAGUUUGAAAACAAAACAAAGAGAGAGGGGGGGACCGGAUUCCAUUUGGGAAAAUAAUCUAUUCUGAUGUUAACAGUUGAACAUGUAUUGCACUUUUUCACAGUUUUUGAAAAGUACAUUUCUUACAUAUUUUGUGUUUUGAAUAUCAAAUGCUGUUUGUUUAAUGUAGUGUCCUAUAGGUAAAGCAGCAGGCAGCUGGUCUUGUUUUUAUGUUAAUUUGUUUGUUUGUUUGUUUUUCCCGCUCCAGAAAUGAUACGAAUUUGAGCAGCCCAGUGUUGACUUUGCUGCUCAUGAUGAGGAAUUAUGUUGUUGCUUGUUCGUGUACAGAGCUUUCUUUGCUUUCUGGAGGAAAACCGAAAUUCAGUGGCUUUUUAAGAAAACGUUGAAAAACAUGUCUGGGGAGAAAAGGUUUUGUUUGUUUGUUUGUUUGUUUUUUAAAUUGGUGUAUACAAACUAUUAUGAAUACUAACAAAAUAAACGUUUCUCA